CACCGGUUGGAAAUGGUCGCUCGCGCAGGCGACUGGAAUUUACUGAGGAAAAAGAAAACAUUAGCCAGAUGCUAACAGUGAAAUACAGAUUUCGUCUGAAAACAACAAACGGAGACGACGGGACAAUGACACAUGUUAAGUUUUUCUGCAGGGCUAAGUGAGGUGUAUCAUACCCCCGUCCUAGGAUGGACAGUUAUUUUAAGGCUGCUGUGUGCGACCUGGACAAGCUUUUGGAUGACUUUGAACUCAGUGCAGAAGAGCUUGAGAGCAAACCGGGCACGUAUGUAAGCCCUCCUUGUCCGGACUCUACGCUCAUCCCUGGUCGCUUUAUACCAGAGCAGCACACAGUCCCACAAACACUCCCAGAUGUCAACGCACUGCACUAUGGACUUACAUCGCAAAGUAUUGACUCAAACCAAAAAGAUUCCUAUUCAAAUGAAUGGCCCCUCACAGGUGUGGACCUCUUGUCGUCCGUUGAUAGUAGAGGCAUCAAAAGUUCAGCUCCUCCUUGUCCUGACCGCUCGCUGAAGCCUGUGUGUGACCUGGUGAACGAUACUGGUUCUGCAAACCUCCAGCAAGCUGAUAGUCAGGAAGACUUUAAAGAGCUGGACAUUCCAGACGUACAAUCGACUGAGGGGCUGCUUGUGGACUUUGAGAGUCCAGAAGAUCUUUCCAAACCCAGCCACAGUGAAAUACUCAAACGUGACUCUGAGAUUAAUUGCAAUUCCCUCAGUUUGCUGGAUGUCAUAUUACCGGUUGUUGGCGAGCCUUAUACUUCGAGUAGCAUUACACUUUUGGAGACUGAAAGUUCCUGUCCUGAAGCCUCUAACUCAAACGGGCAGAAUGAUCGUCCGUGGAGUCAGAUGGACGAAGAUGAUGUUUGUAACACAUGUCCUAGUACUACAGAGGAAAAUAUUUCAGCAUUCAGUGAAGAGCAUGCUGUGUCGCUCCAGCCCGACUCAACAUCUGAAGAUGUCAGAAAUCCAGAGGAUUUAACUGGAAGUCCCACUUCGGAGAAGGAAUCUUCUCUGUCUUGCUUGCCAAUGGCUGUAUCUAUGUGUGGUUCCCUUGUGGCGACUUUAGACCCUCAAAAGGCAGCAGUGGUCGAAACCAAAGAUGAGGCUGAACUAGAAACAAAAUCAGCAAUUCAAGAAGCUGAAGAGUUAACUCUUCCAUUAGAAGAGCCAGUGCCUCCAUUCUCCUCCAGCAGGCCUGAUUCUUCACCUGAGGAUGAACCUGAGAUUGUCCAGAUCAUGUCGAACCCUGCUGCUGCAGGCCACUACCCUGAAAGAAACUUCAAACGCACCUUAUCGCCAACGGACAAAUUAACUUGUAGAGAUUUGGGUGCAAGCAAUCCGUCUCCAUCCUAUUCAGAAAGUCCAAAUUAUUCGUACGAGUUCGGUAUUGCCAACGAUUACCUACCUGAAAGCGACCAGACAGUGAUGAUGGUCACGGACGAGGAACUUGAUGCCUUUCUAAUGGGUCAAGGUGUGAAAAUCAACCCCGAUGCAGCGGUGGAAAAAUUCAGUGAUGACGGCUUUUCAGAAUUUAAUGGAAAUGCUGAAAGAGAUGGCUUCUUGGAUGAGGAGUUGCAGAGUUGUAAAGUCGAGACUUUUGCCUCACCUGAGAGUGAUGGCUCACAGUAUCUGGAGGAGAGCGAAGGGUCAAACGUUUCCUCUUCAUCUCAAGACAGCAGCCCGCUGAGAGCAGACUCUACUCAAACAAUUACUCAUGAAACCGUAACCAGCCCUGUUGAGAUUCAAUCCGUUUGCUCCCCGAACCAAGAGUCAACUUACGGUGGUGCAAGACCAAAGCAGUUGUCCAACCAAACCGUACGGCCUCCAUCAGAACGACACAGAAUCAGCCAUGCCGAAGCCGAUGUGGGAGGAUCAGCGAAUGGCUCGCAAGUGUCUCCUAACCAAGAUGAAAUCAACUGUGAACCACCGUCCUAUCAGCAGUAUGAUAGCAGCUAUGGCUGCGAUGAGCUCUCGGAGCCUCCGCCUUACCCAGGAGAGAUGUUGGAGGACGGGGAGUCAUCUGUUGAUCUGUCUGGACAUGGGGCUGAAGGUUUGGGGUCAAAGCAGCCACCCUGGGUCCCUGACUCUGAGGCUCCUAACUGUAUGAAUUGUAUGCAAAAGUUUACCUUUACUAAGAGGAGACACCAUUGCAGAGCUUGUGGAAAAGUUUACUGUGCCAGCUGCUGCAAUCGCAAAUGUAGACUGAAAUAUCUGGAUAAAGAGGCCCGGGUUUGUGUCAUCUGCCAUGUUACCAUACAGAGAGCUCAAGCCCAUGAGAGAAUGAUGAGCCCCACUGGGCCCAGUCCCAAUCCCAACAUCCCAUCAGAGUACUGCUCCACCAUACCGCCCAUGCAGCAGGCCCGCGCCGCCGGGACUCUCAACUCUCCCCCACCCACCGUCAUGGUCCCCGUGUCUGUCCUCAAACACCCCGGUAAUGACGGUUUUCCACGCGAGCAGAAGCAUGUGUGGUUUGCCGAUGGCAUCCUGCCGAACGGUGAGGUAGCCGACACGACCAAACUCUCUGUGCAAACACGAAGAUCUUCUCAGGAGUCGAGCCCAGUAACGCCAGACCCGCCGGCGCCUGACGAUAAGUUUCCGGAUGAGCGUGAGGAGAGUGUUGGAGGCAGAUCUGACAGCCCUGUGGAGGCGAGCCGUCCACCCGUCAGAGGCCCGUGGGAUUACGGUCUGCUGUGCGGCGUGGGCAACUGUGUGCAGAGAGAUGCCAGUCUGGUGCCAGAGGAUGAUGACGGUCUGCCGCCACUUCUCAUUAUCACCGGAGAGGAGGAAGAAGGGGAUUUAUUGGUCGAGGAACGUCCUGCUGCUUGCCAAAUAUUGCUGCUGUUGGAGGAAGGAGGUCCACAACCUCUCACCUUUGUGCUCAAUGCCAACUUAUUGGUGAACGUCAAGAUCGUCACAUAUUGUGGCAAGAGGUGCUGGUGUCUGAGCUCUAAUGGUCUGCAGGGAGUUGGACAGAAGGAGCUGGUGUUUAUAAUUGAGUGUCUCCCAGAGGAAAACAGCCUGCCUCGAGACGUAUUCAACCUGUAUGUUAGCAUAUACCAAGAUGCACAAAAAGGGAAGUUCAUCGAGCAUCUUGGCAAUGUGACAUUCACGGAUAGUUUCUUGGGUAGUAAAGACCACGGGGGCGUCCUGUUCUUCACGGCUACCUUUCAGCCGCUGGAGGGUCUCGCUCUGCCACAGGUCUCCUUCCUCUGUGGAGUUUUGAUUCAGAAGUUAGAGGUUCCCUGGGCUAAAGUCUUUCCCCUCCGACUGCUGCUGGCUCUGGGGGCAAAAUAUAGUGUGUAUCCCUGCCCUUUGAUGAGCAUCCGUUUCCGUGAGUCAGUUUUUAAAGAGACAGGACACACCAUCAUGAAUCUGCUCACAGAUCUGAGGAACUACCAGUACAGUUUACCUGUGGUGGAAAGUCUUCGGGUGCACAUGGAGAUGGGAAACAGCUACAUCGAAAUUCCCAAAUCCAGGUUUAACGAGAUGCUGAAGGUGGUGAACUCCUCCAAUGAACACGUCAUCAGUUUUGGUGCCUGUUUCAGCACUGAGGCCGAUUCUCACUUGGUUUGCAUUCAGAACGAGGACGGAAGUUACCAGACAAGCGCUAACAGCAUACCAGGAAAAACCAGGAGAGUGACUGGAGCUAGUUUUGUGGUUUUUAACGGCGCUCUGAAAGCAUCAUCAGGAUUCAUCGCCAAAUCCAGCAUUGUGGAGGAUGGGUUAAUGGUGCAGAUCCCUCCAGAGACGAUGGAGGGUUUGCGACAGGCACUCAGGGACCAGAACGACUUCCAAAUCCCCUGUGGAAAGACUGACUCGGAAGAGACACGGGAAAAUGUGAAUGUGCGCUGGGUCGACUGGACAGCACCUGUCAACGCUGGAGUCACCAGUCCAGUGGACGGCAAGUCUCUGGAGGGAGUGUCCAGCGUGAAGAUCCAGCAGGACUCUGAGUUCGAGAUGGAUGGCCGAACCAUCAGGUGUACUGAGGUCUUCUAUUUGCUGAAGUCUUCAGACGUGUCCCUGCCUGCCAUCCUCACAUCAUCAGCUCAGUUUCAGAGAGAGAUCGCCACCGCCAGCUGUGCCGCCCUCUGCCCGCAUCUCUCCGUGCUCAUGGCCAAUGGAUUCAACUCUCUUGCACUCCGAGUCUCCACUGACUCAGACAUGGUCGAGUACCAGGCUGGAUCUUCUGGCCGCCUCCUGCCUCAGAAAUACAUGAACGAUCUGGACGGGGCUCUAAUUCCUGUCAUCCACGGAGGAAGCUCCUGUGUACCCCAUCAGGCCAUGGACAUGGAGUUUUUCUUCUACAUCUCACUGAGCAUUUGAUCACUGGUGACUUAUAAACUUUCCAUCCACAGAGCAGCCAAUGGGACUUCACGACCGAUACCAAUGAGGUGCAGGAGGAGACUCCGUGUCUGCUCUCUGAACAGGUAUGGAGAGCUUGAAGAAGCGUUUUAAGGGACUAUAUUAGCGAUCCUUUAGAAUAAACCCGGAUCUUGGAUCAGCAACUCAAAUAAAAGCGUGAGAAAUAC